CGCCACACUGCUCGACGCAUGCUGGUUGUGGCGGUGAUUGGUGUUGAACCGCUUGAAUCGACCAAUCCCACCAAGCCUUUUCAUUGACACAUCCACCCCUGGAAACAAGCAGUACACUGUUGUGUGCCCUCCCUGGCUGCUGGUGGCGCAGCCGACACACUGUCGAACAAUGGCGUCCAAGCCCACACACACGACCGUCCGACCGAUGAAGUCCCUAACGAAUCCACGACGUCUAAAAUCCACCGAAAUCUCCAUCUCCGUUAUCCGGAUGCACCGUCGAUCGAGUUUCACGCAUAAACAAACAAGGUGGGCAAUACUUGAAAGGUGUCCGAGAAACAUGCUCAGGGUAGCGCGAGGCGUUGACUCCAAGAACUCGCUGGUUCGAGCACUCUCAUCUCCCGUCAGAGGCACUGUCCUGCGGCGGAUAGCAGUCUCAGGCCCACCAUUGCACAAAUCAGGCUGCAAUCAUAUCGUGACCCGGCUUACCGUCAUGAGUUUGCUGGGCUUGGCUGGCACACGCACAUUCAUCUUGUCGCCAGCACUGUGCACAGAAUCCUCACAAGACCGUUCGAAAAGCAGCACACAUAUCCCCCGCAGCGACAGCGACAUGAAAAAGUGUGGAAGCAGCCCUUUUUGUUCCUGGGAGGGGGUUGCGAUGAGGUUCAUAUGUGGCGCCGCCGUUGGCACCGUGGCCAGUUUUACCGUCACGAGAGCAGCACUUGCAAUUGUCGGAGUCAUCGUGAGUUACCAAGUCGCCUCCGUUGUGGAGAUCAUUGCGAAGGAGUGGGAGGAAGUCGAAGCCUUCUUUGUCGCUACUUACAUCGCAGACGGACGCGUCCAGUGGAGCAAGCUUCGAGACGAUGCAACCCAGUAUAUUGGCGUUGACACGGCCACUACAAUCGUCCGCGCAGGUGAAAAAAUCCUGGCGUACCACAAGUGGGCCAUGGCGAACGUUUACUCACCUGAGUUCGCCAUUGGCAUUAUUGCGGGAACCCUCAGCUAAAGCCAAUUAACUUCGCUUGACAACGAUGAAAGGCGGCUCGAACUUUAUUUCUGUUAUACCAGCAGUCCAUACCAACAUGCACUUGCUCGCAUGUGCCAUUGUCGGUACACAUUGACUAGUGCGAGCAACACUAGUCACUUUGUAACCCACGAUGACCCCUCCAAGGGCUGUUUUUGUGGUGGUGAACCUACCCACAAUGCCAAUGAGGCUCCUUAAAAACGACCUCCAACAGUAAAUGGUUUGCUGCGAUGUUUUUUUCAUGU